CGAGCCCGGCCUGAGGAGGCGGCCCCGGCCCCAUGGAGUGCUACUACAUUGUCAUCAGCUCCGCGCACCUCAGCAACGGGCACUUUCGCAACAUCAAGGGAGUUUUCCGCGGCCCCCUCAGCAAGAACGGGAACAAAACUCUGGAUUAUGCUGAAAAGAAAAACACGAUAGCAAAAGCCCUGGAAGAUCUUAAAGCCAACUUCUACUGUGAACUCUGUGACAAGCAGUACUAUAAACACCAGGAGUUUGACAAUCACAUUAACUCUUAUGAUCAUGCUCACAAACAGAGACUGAAGGAACUGAAACACAGGGAGUUUGCACGAAAUGUAGCAUCUAAGUCACGAAAAGAUGAAAGAAAGCAGGAGAAAGCCCUUCAACGCUUGCACAAGCUGGCUGAGCUAAGGAAAGAGAGAACGUGUGCUCCUGGAAGCGGCCCUAUGUUCAAAUCCACUACAGUGACUGUGCAAGAUGACUGCAGUGAUAUCCCAAAAAGUGCUGCCAUGGAUUCUGCCAACCAGCAGGAUUCCAGCUGUACAUUAACGCACGAUGCACAGAACUGUAAAGACGUUGCUUCUGUUAUUCCUUCCACUCCUGGGGAUGUGUGUGGUAAUAAAUCCGAUGCUAACAAAUGUGGAGAUCAGAUUCAGGGAGCUCAAGGACACAGAGUUGGGUUCUCCUUUGCUUUUCCUAAGAAAGCAGCAGUGAAACUGGAGUCUUCAGCUGCUGUUUUCUAUGAAUAUAAUGACGAAACUUCUAUGGAGCACGGAUUUAGCAGAAGGAGUAGGUUUAUUCCAGGAACAUGUAACCUUCAGCCUCCUUCAGCAGCAGAAAUAGUCGUAUGCCCUGAGGAGAAACAAAACUGGUUUCACCCACUGGUGGAAAAGUGCACAGACACAGCAGAAGCCCCUGAAGCUCAGGAUGCAAAAGAGCUGGCCAGUGAGGAAAGCAGGGUGCUGGAGAGUCCCUCCUUAACUCCUGCUCUGUCCCACUCAAAGCAACUGGUGUCCUCAGACACAGGUGGCUGUGCUAUGGAUGUAAGCGGAGCUGACUUACCAGAGCAAACUCUGCCCAUGGCUGUGGACAGCACUCAGGUCCUGCCCCUGGACAGCAGUGGGCACGAGCUGCAGGCAAACAGGCCUCUUGUGCAGGAGGGUGUGGAGGAUUGUUUGUCUCUGCAGGACGUCGCAGAGGAAAACGACAAAGAAGGCAAGAGCGAUCCGUCCACAACUGAAACAGAAAUAAAGGAUCCGGGGGCAGAUGCAGUAGUUUCAUCACCAUCUGAAGAAGGUAGUAGUGGAGCCCCAAAAACCAAACCAGACGUGCACAAGAGACCGUGUCAACCCUUUGUUCCUGUUCUUAGCAAAUAUGGAUCAAAUAUUCUUCAGUGGCCAUCAGAAAUGUUAAUUUACACAAGUACAGACCCAUCCAUUUCUUACAGCUGUAAUCCUUUAUAUUUUGAUUUUAAGUCAUCCAGAGCAAGUGACAGUCAAGAAAAGCUCAAACAUCAACCAAACAUACCUCAUUUGCACCAUAAAACUGAAUCUGACCAUAUCUUAGUCUCGGAUUUUACAAAUAAACCUACUUCAGAAUGUGGUGAUUAUGAAGCAGAAGCGAAUAAAAAUGUGUGCAACUAUACAAUACCCCUUAUAAAUGAUGUUUCCCUUUUCAGAAAUUGUGACCUUGCAAAAAAUCAAAACAAAGUGUCCUUGGAUGACUCAUUCAGAAUUAGAAAAAUAGAAAAGUAUCACAUAUCUAAAAACCACUUACGACAAAACACUGUGAUAGAUGAGAAAUAUAACAAAGUCUGGAUCAAAGAAAGCCAUGAAAAAUGGCUUCACAAAAGCAGAAAAAGGAAAAGGAGAAGAAAAUUAUGUCGUUGUCAUCAUCAUCACUGUGGGGACACAACAGCAGCAGAAAUGGAGAUGUCUCCAGUACCUGAGAAAGAAAUUACUUACAGAGAUGAAAAUAAAUAUCAGCACCUCCAGAAUAAUGCAGAGAAGUGCAGGCAUGAUGCAGGGAAUAUCUGGUUGACUACAGGUGAGAUACAGCAGUCACAUCUAAAACUCGGCAUUGAAAAUGGUCAUAAGAGAGUCAUGUCUGCAUCAGAUCACGUACACUGGGACAGAGGCUGGUGUGACUUUUGGAGUGCAAAAAAUAGUGGCCAACACCAUGGUUGUAAACGACUGCACAGAAAGAGCAGAGCAAGCUCUCGAAGACAGGCAAAGCAACUGGCUCCAAGUUCCAGGAAGCACAGCCUGAGGCACUCUAAAACAUGUUGUAGCUGGAAAGUCAGGAGGUCAAGCUGUAGCCCAGAGCAUAAAUGUUUAGGACAAUGCAGUGGUGAGAAGGGUCCGAGUCAAAACCAGUCCGUAAAGCGAGGUUACAGUGUUCUGACCGAGGAACCUGAAAAAUGCCACCGCAAGCGGAGGCAGCACAGCUACUCCUCUUCAUCAGAUGAGAGCUCCUGUGGACAGGCAUUAUCAGCAGAGGAAUAUCUAAGGCAAAUGUCUACUUUAGUUACAUAUCACAAAGCAAAAGGGAAACACAAAAGAAGGAAAACUAGAAUCCAUCAUGUUUUCCUUGACAGGAAUGCAAGAAGUGAGACCUCUGGACCUGCCAAAGAAAAUUCUGCAAGUUCUACAUUAAACGUUUUGGGGGACUUAUUGGCUCAAGACAAUCUAGAGGAAACUAAUGCAGAUCCCAAAGCUGAUGGUGCAAAAGAUACAGAUGAAACAAUGGAGCUGGAGGAAAGCAAGUCACCUGUAGAAGGUGAUGGUUCACACGUGCUGGAAAACGAUAAACUGACAGCGAGUGCAGCGAUGGAGAGUGCCCCGGAUACGUUUUCUGAUGUCAUCGCAGGCUCUGCUGCUUCUGUUCCUGAGCACAGUGCUCCGGCAGCUGCUGGCACACAGGAUGUUCUGCAAGAUGAAAAGAAAAAAGAAAACACCACCAGUCACGAAAAUCAAGCUCGUUACAAAGUUCCCCUCUCCAACAGACGUUUGGAACCGGCUCCUCCUAAAUCCUAUCUUUGCCAUUAUGAGUUGGCCGAGUCUCUACCGCACGAGAAAAUGAGUGAGGUGACCAGUGAGUGGGUACAGUGUAACCCUGGCAUAUUUAGCAGCCCGCCACCCUUGCCAUUCAAAGAAGCACAUGUGAACAGUCAUACCUUUUUGACUACCGAGCAGUUAAUAGCCCCCUUCCCCCUGCCCGAUCAGACAUUGAUAUUCCCUCCCGACAACCACGAAAAAUUCAAAGAGCUGCCGUCCGAGGCGUAUCAGCAGAUCGUGCCACAGGGCGUGCUGGCCAACAAAGUGAAGUUCGCCUUCCCCCCCGCGGCGAUCCAGCCCCCGAGUUCCCCUCUGCAGCCCUUGCCCCUGCAGCCGCCGCUGUGUUCUACCUCGGUCACCACCAUCCACCACACGAUCCUGCAGCAGCACGCCGCCGCCGGCACGCUCAAGGUUCUCCAGCCCCACCAGCAGUUCCUCUCGCAGGUCCCGGCUCUUUCCAGAGCGCCUUUACCUCAUCUGCCGGUGGGACCGAGGCUUUGCCCGGGGGGCCACGCCGCCUUCGUGGCCCCGCCGCACUUGCCGCUGCUGCCGCCCUCGGUCCUGCACCCCACCCAGCUGGCGUUUCCCCCGCUGCCACACACCGUCUUCCCAUCCCUGCUGUCCCCGCACCCGGCUGUCAUCCCCCUCCAGCCUCUCUUUUAGGACAGGGAUGGGAUGGGGAAAGGACCCUUCAGCUAAACGGUCCUGAUGUUUCCACGGUCCCCUCAGCUUUGCAAAACGGUUCUGUGAACUAAGCUGGUUAAAAUGCCUCGUUCCCUGGGAAGCAUUUACUGUAAGUAUAAUGAUGCAAACAUUCAUGGCAAGUUCAGACCUGUACUAUAACUAAAGCACUGAAUAGUCUGAUACUAAUUAUGAACUAUAUAUAUAUAUAUAUAUAAGUGAAAAUCAUGUCUUAGAAUAUGUAUAAUGUAUAUAAAAUAUAUUUAUAGUUCUAUAACUUAUGUUGUAAAGUAUUCACCUUUCGUUUUUUAUCUUUGUGUAUUUGCACCUAUUUAAUGUUUAGACAAAGCUGAUGCACUAUGUUUUGUACUAUGUUCUCUGAAACUGUAAAUCUAGUGACAAACUAUCUCUUGCAAUAAAUUUUUGUUAACUACUUAAGUAUAUCAAAAAUCUUUCAUUACAAGCCUCAUGGAUGUUGUUCUUCCGUGUCCUUCUGCAGCUGAAUGGCAUCUUUUACCCCUGUUAUGUUGGGAUAAUCAGGUUUCCCACACAUCAGUGAUUUAUCAGGGAGGUUCAGAGGCCAAUACCUUGAGGGCAGCUGUCUUACCGAGCCAGAGAAAGGGUAAUAGAUGUGUUUGUGUUAGUGGUUUGAUGUCACCAUGACAAAUUUUGCCUACUUGUGGUAUGUGCACAGAUUGCUGACUGGUGGAGCUAAUCCCUUUUAUACUAAACCACAAAAAGACGAUGUAACAAAUGUAACAUGGGUAGCGGAAGGGGGGGGAAAAAUAAAGGGUAAUAUUGAUGUCAGUUUGACUUCAAGAGGAUGUUGCUUGUAGCAGCAAGGAGGGGAGGUCUGGGUUCCACCCAGCAUGCUCUGUGUGAUGGCACAUGGCCCUCAGGGGGGUGGAUCUGUCCGAGGGAGGGCCUUGCUGCCUGUGCAGUGUCUGAAGGGGGGGCCAGGAAGAGCUUUGCGUGGGAAACCCCACCAGGGUUUGACACCAAUUCUUACCUCACUUCACCCCUCUCUCUCCUGCAGCAUUUUGCUAAAGAAAUAGAAUAACACAGAGACUAAUUAAAGUAAUAAUAUACUGCCAGUAUUUCUAACUGUACUACAGAGACUUCUCCCUACCUCUGCAGUCUUUUAUUGAACCCCACCCAGCUUUAGCCAGUGAAAUCUUCUCAUUUGCUUUGGCAUGAGAUAUGUCAGACCCACGCCUGUGAUGGUCAGGAAUAAAAGCAGGAGUCAUUCAGAGGUAGAGUCAUCUCUUUGAGUUAAAAUGAAGUGUUACCAUGUGAGUGAACCUAAGGAUUUGCAGCAUGAUGGUUAGUGCUAGUAGUAGGCCCUCCAUAACAAAAGGGCCUCCCAAUAAAUUACUUCUUUUCACCUUUUUAUAUAGUACAAUAAAAUCAUGUAAAGCUGAACUGAAGGAAUAGUAAAUUCAAAGUAUUAUUAAUAUACAUUGCAUAUUAAUAGCUACAGAUGUUAACCAUUUGGAAAGUAAUACUAUAUCCUAAAACAUAUGUUUUCUGCAUCUAGAGCUUUAGAACUUACCUGUAUCAAUAUUGCACGUUUUAGCACAAUAUUACAUUAAAACUAUAGCAAACAACAUCUUACCACUAAAAUCACAAGAGUCAGCUAUUCAAGUUUUCCAUGUUGUGCAGUUACAAAGGGCUAAACUACAUUAAUAAGCAAAAAGUUGGUAAGAAAGAGCAGAUGAGCAGUGAGGUCCUGGAGAGCAGCUCGGAUCCCCUGCCUGAGGCUGCAGCAUGGGGUGAGAUGUGGCUGAGCAUCCUGCAAUGCCAUAAAGAAAGUCUAUUUUCUCUAGUUCUGAUUUCAGGUGAACGCCCAUUUCUAUUUAUGUGGUACCUGAAAAAUGUAGAAAUAAGUGACUUUAUACUGCUUUAUUUCAAGAGUUUGCCUACAUGAUGUGUGUGUCUCCACUGCCUCCCGUGCUGAGCUGGUGCUGGGCAUGGGAAUCUCUGUUGGAAUCUCUGGGAGGGGAUGUGCUGGCUGCUCUCUCUGUUGCCUUGGUUGACUUGUGCUGGCUUCUGCAUUUCUGCCUCCUCUGUGGGAGUCAGCACAGACAGUCCCCUGGGUUCUGGUGUCCCAUCAAAGACAAAAUCCACCUCAUUUUAUGGCAGUACACUUAAAACAAAGAAUCCACAUAGGACAAAUAUGGUUGCACGUUCUGGCAGGAGAUUAAAAAAAUCACCAAUUUAAAAUUUUCAGUUUCAAUGUUCUUUGAAAAAUCCCAUCUAUUAACUUGGAGGUCCACAUUUUUUCAACAAAAUGUUCCAACAACUUUGAAUUCCACUUUUUUUUCUUACAAUAUAAAUUAUUUUUUUCUAUAUUCAGUUGUUAAACAGUUUUAAGACAUUUCACAAUUCUUUAUUAUCUACUGUAAUUGCUGUUCAAUAGUGUAUAAACUACUUAAAAUAAAAGACUAAUAACCAUAAAAUGUAACAAUUUUCUAAUAUGAUAUUGCCUUUAAUGCUAAAACUGUUUGUAUGUGUGACUUCAUAUGUAAAAGCAAAACCAGUAUAAAAAUAAAUCACAAGUAAAGUUUAAAAUUGAACACACUAAAUUAAAUUGCCUAAUAAAAUAUUCUUUUGAGUUUCUGUUUUAUUAUUAAAUAUAUAACUUCUAGUAAGUUAUAUAAGGAUAGUUCUUCCUUUAUAUAUUUUAUCUGGUAUUUUAGAUUGUGUAUUUUUGUUCCAUAAAUUGGUAGUCGGAUUUAUAAGCAAAAACUAUCACGAAUGCUAAAUAAUUGAAUUUUUAUCCUUCUGAAAAAUUCGACCAAAUUUGUUUUAAAUCUAAGACAUUUAAUUUUGAAUUUACAAAUUUUCACAGAUCUAGGGUGUCUAUGCUCCUGGCCAGUUUGCCAAUUUUUAGAAUUACUGGGCUCACAAAUGGCAAGAAUUAGACCUUCAGAACUGAACCUAAAUGAGGUUAUAGAUUUUGUUAAGUGAUUUCCCGGACCAGCUCUGCGGAGAAUUACCCGAAAAGUUAACCUGUUCCACUGAGAUGAGAAGAGUAUCUUUAUUUUGGUCCUUGGAAAGUUGCAAUCUGCCCAGCCUGACCUUCCUGGGAGCUUCCAUUUCUCAGGUAACAAUAAUGGUCUAGAGGAGCUUUUGGGGCGUGAAGGAACGUCACUGUAUCACCUUGGUAUGGGCAGUUUUGGGUAACUCGUCUCUUGUCUGUCUCUCCUGUCUGUAAGUAUGUAGAAUUUUUGAAAUGCUACCAAUACAUGGAAAGAAUCAGAUUAUUUCAUUUCCUUCUUAAGCUGGAAUCUACACAAGCUGUCAACUGCUGGGGAGAAGUCACCAGAUUUCAGGUUUUGCAGGAGUGAGCAAGGGGCUGUUGAAAUAUUUUUAAAUUAUCAUGGCUUACUAUCUACAUGUGUGUAUUAUUUUAUAGAUCACUUUGAUUUAAUAUUUGCAGCAGGCAUAUUUUUGUGUAUUGUUUUCUGUGCCCCCUUCUCCUCUCUACUUCAGUUGCAAACUUUGGUGAAAGAAACACGUUGUAUGGAGUGUUUUUGAGUGAGAGUGUGUUUAUCAUUUGGUACAGUCAAACAACAGUGAAAUUGUUACGAAGCAAAGUCUUCUUUACCUUCAGUGUUAACUUUUUAUUAGCACGUAAACUUUUACCAUUGUAAAAUAGUCAUUUGGAUGUGGUAUUCAAACGAGGCUUUAAAGGACCACUGGGACAUCCAUUUUUCUUUAAUAUAUUACUGUACAUGAUAAUGUGCUGCUUAUGCAACAUAUGACUAUGAUUUUUCUGACAAGUUCAUUUUCUGUAACUGCAUUUUCCUCGAAGUACACGUUUUGCGUUAUGAUAACGUUUACUUUAUUUGCUACAUUUAAAAUACAGUUUUAAGUAUAUUUGGGCAAACUCUUCAUGAGUGUAAAUCACUGUACAGCUUCUGGCUUUGGUGGGAUUUCAUUGGUUUGUAACCCCCUGAAAAUGGUUCAUGUUGCAAUGCUAAGGGUUUUGUUAACUUUUCCAGACUGAGGCAAUACGUUAUGACCAUGUGAAUGUAUUUUGAAAACAGUUAUUUGUUUAUAACUGAGCUGGCAAAUUUUAAUCCACUGGGUAUUUUGCCGUGGUGCUUGUAGUCUGCAUGUUCCAAACUCCAUACAUUCAUUUUCUGGUCUCCCUUACUGUACAUUGCCUAAAGGCUUGUAUGUAUGUAGCAGUGCACAUAUUUAUGCAAUAUGCCUACCAGUUGUAAAAUAUUACAGUGCUAUGCUAACUCUCUUUAUUGAAAGUAAAGACAUUUGUACUGUAUAAAGAUCAUUUAAUAUUUUUAAAUUAACAUGGCUUACUAUCUACCUGUGUAUAUUAUUUUAUAGAUCACUUUGAUUUAAUAUUUGCAGCAGGCAUAUUUUUGUAUAUUGUUUUCUGUGCCCCCUUCUCCUCUUUACUUCAGGAACACUGUAAAGUUUUCUCUUUUUCUGUUUCUCUGUGACUCAGAUUAUCAGAGUUUAUUGGAAUUUAUCUAUUUAUGAAAAUGAACCAGGCUUUUUUAUUACUUUCAACUGCAAUAAUUAGUGAACCAACUUUAAGAAUUUUGAGACAUCCUAUUUUUAAUUCAAGCUUCUGUUUUAUUUUAUGUAUUUUAUAAAAGGUUUGGAGAAUUUCUACCCUGGGUCUAAAUUUUGACUUGUUAGUGCACUUCUGAAAGCAAUGGAGUUUAAGGAAGCUUUGCUAUUAGUAUUACUGAGGAUUUAUUUUGGCCUGGGGGAUUAGUGCUCUUUAUUUAUUAAAACUGCCUAAUAUUUCCUGCUUUAAGUUGAAUAAUAAUUUCAUAAGGUAUAAUGAGGAGCACAAUCUAGUAAAGAAAAAUUAAUCCAUUUUCAAUCAGUCAUCUACCUCCUUUGUUGUAAAGGUAUUUAUGUAAUUAAUGACCAUAAAGGUUAUAUCUUUCAAAUCUCUGCUCUGUAUUGUCAGUGUUUUGAAACACGGACCUGCGCCUUCUCUUCUGAUACCAAAGA